CGCAGUCCAGCCGGCUGACUGCGCGCGGAACCACACGUCCCAGGGUGCAGCUCACCGGCGGAUGCCGCAGGCCGUGCGCUUGCUCGCCGGUGAGGCCUGUGGUCAUGGCGCUGUUCCCAGCCUUUGCCGGCGUUAGUGAGGCCACCGACAGCGGGAGCUCCAGGAAAGCAUUAGACUGGCUGAGCAACCGGAGCUUUUGUGUCGGAGCCAUAAUGUUACAGGGCCAACAAACUGAAGAGACCACAGCCCUUAUUUCUGAGGGGUCACCGUUGACAAGGAAUCCUUUGAAAUCAGAGCCUUCAGAUGAAAGCGACACUAACAAAAAACUCAAACAAGCAAGCAGAAAAAAGAAGAAAGAGAAAAAGAAAAAAAAGAAGCACCAGCACCAUAAGAAAACCAAGAGGAGACGUGGGCAGCUGAGCAGCAGUGGGUCUGAAGCAGAUACUGACUCUGAAAGGGACACAUCUUCCAGAAGCUUCAGAGAUAGUAGAAGGGAAUGCGAGAAACCAAAGUACAAGCGGAAAGGAGACUCCUGCCUUGGCCUUAACCCUAAGAAGCAGUGUAUAUCUUGGGAAGGAGCUUCCAGCCAAAAGGAGCAUUUGUACAAGCAUGUUGAGUGCUAUUUUACAAAGAAAAAUUUGGUAUUAAUGAACUCGGAUGGAGUUGCCAUUAGCAGUAAAACCGAACCUCCCUCGUCUGAGCCAAUCCUGUUUAUACCAGUGAAGGACUCAGGUGAUGUGGUUCCUUCUGCUGCAACCUGGCUGAAUCCUUUGGGGAUUUAUGGCCACUCAACCACGCAGUGGCUACAAGGACAGGGUCCUUCGGAACAUGAGUCGAAGCAGCCAGAGUCACAGCCAGACAGAGAGAACGCUGCCCUCAAGGCUAAGGUGGAGGAGUUUAACAGGAAGGUUCGGGAGAAUCCUCGGGACAUUCAGCUAUGGAUGGCGUUUGUUGAUUUUCAGGAUGAGGUGAUGAGAAGCCCUGGCCUCUAUGCUGUCGAUGAAGGAGAGCUGGAGAAGCGCGGGAGGUCCCUGAAGCUCAUUCUGGAGAAGAAGCUGGCCAUUCUGGAGCGGGCCAUCGAGAGCAAUCAGACCAGCGUGGAGCUGAAGCUCUGCAUGGAGUUCUGGGAGCCCUCCACCCUGGUCAAAGAGUGGCAGAAGCUGACAUUUUUAAAUCCCAAUAAUACAGCCCUUUGGCAGAAAUACCUUUUAUUUUGCCAGAGCCAAUUUAGCACCUUUUCAGUAUCGAAAAUUCACAGUCUGUAUGGAAAAUGCUUGAGUACUUUGUCCGCUGUUAAGGAUGGCAGCAUCUUAUCCCACCCUGUGUUGCCUGGAACCGAAGAGGCCAUAUUUGCCCUCUUUCUUCAGCAGUGCCAUUUCCUGCGGCAGGCUGGCCACUCCGAGAAGACCGUCUCUUUGUUCCAGGCCAUGGUUGACUUCACCUUCUUCAAACCUGACAGUGUGAAAGACCUGCCGACCAAAGGACAGGUGGAAUUCUUUGAGCCCUUUUGGGACAGUGGAGAGCCCCGCGCUGGAGAGAAGGGGGCAUGAGGCUGGAGAGCGUGGAUGCACCAGCAGGAGCGGGGCAGCUGGGUGGUCAUCAACCCAGGGAAGGUUGAUGAUGAACCAGAAGAGGAUGACGAGGAGAUAAGAGAUAAGACUCUGCCCAGGUGGCAGAUCUGGCUUGGCGCGGAGCGUUCCCGAGACCAGAGGCACUGGCGGCCCUGGCACCCUGAUCAGACCAAGAAACAAGCUGAGGACGACUGUGAGGAUCCCGAGAGGCAGGUGUUGUUUGAUGACAUUGGACAAUCUCUGAUCACACUUUCCAGCCCAGAGCUUCGGUUUCGGUUAGUCGAGGCCUUCCUGCAGUUCUUGGGGGUGCUGUCUGGCUCGGCUUCUCCUGCCACCUGCCGUUACCUGGCCGUGGAUGAGAACAGCGUCUUUGAUAACGGGCUUUGUGAUGAAAAGCCAUUGACACUUUUCAGCCCCUCAUUUUCUGGUGUUAGCUGUGUUGGCCGCAUGGACCAGUUGGGCAGUAGUUGCUGGACCAGGGGUCACAAUCGAGAUGGCGAGGAGUAUCGUAACAUCUUCCACCUCGUGAUGCCUCUGUUUUCAAGCAAGGAAAAGUCUCAGCUUGCCUUCUCCUGGUUACAGGAUGAGAUUGCAAAGGUCAUUUGCUGUCUGCACACUAAAAACAAGAAGAAAUUAAAGUCACAAGGGAAGAACUGCAAAAAACUAGCCAAGAAUCUCCUUAAGGAGCCAGAAAACUGCAAGAAUUUGUGCCUCUGGAAGCAGUAUGCCCAUCUGGAGUGGUUGCUUGGCAACACAGAGGAUGCCAGAAAAGUUUUUGACACAGCACUCAGCCUGGCAGGAAGCAAAGAGCUGAAGGAUUCCACGCUCUGCAAGCUGGGUCUGCUCUAUGUGGAGCUGGAGGUGGAGCUGCUGUCGGACCUGAGAGGAGCCGCCACAGCCAGGGCUGUCCACAUUCUAACCAGACUGACCGAGAGCGUCCCUUAUGGGCCCUACGCUGGGCAGGUCUUGGCGGUUCACAUUUUGAAAGCCCGGAAGGCAUAUGAGCACGCGCUGCAGGACUGUUUGGCCGAGAGCUGUGACUCUGACCCAACUCCCCUCAAUUCCUUUAACCACCUGAUGAGCCUGGCUAAAUGCUUUAUGCUCUUCCAGUAUCUGACUGUAGGGAUCAGUGCUGCCUUGCAGAUCUACAAGCAGGUGUUUGCAAAACUGAAGCGCUCCAUUUCCCCAGAAGACUCUGGCCUGGAAGAGGGUGACCAUGCCCAGUACCUGAUCAGUGUUCUCGAAGCCGCCACCCUGAUGCACACGCAUCUGCUCAGGUUUCACCUGAGAGUGAGGGUCUACCCACUGACACCCCUGCGCAAGGCCCUCUCAGAGGCUUUAAAGUUGUACCCAGGCAACCAAAUUCUUUGGAGGGCAUAUGUACAGAUCCAAAAUAAGUCCCACAGUGCCAGCAAGACAAGAAGAUUCUUUGACGCGAUCACCAGGUCUGCCAAAUCCUUGGAGCCUCGGUUGUUUGCAAUUGAAGCUGAGAAAGUGCAAAAAAGACUGGUGGAAGCUGUGCAGAGGCUGGAUGGUAGAGAAAUACAUGCCACAAUUCCUGAGACUGGCUUAACAAAUCGCAUCAAGGCCCUGUUCGAAAAUGCCACCCGGAGUGACAGCGGCAGCCAGUGCCCCCUGCUGUGGAGGAUGUAUUUGAACUUUUUGGUUUCCUUAGGAAAUAAAGAAAGAAGCAAAGGUGUAUUCUACAAAGCUGUUCAGCAUUGUCCUUGGGCAAAGGUGUUGUACAUGGACGCCUUGGAGUACUUCCCCGAUGAGAUGCAGGAGAUCCUGUAUCUAAUGACUGAGAAGGAGCUGCAGGUGCGCCUGCUGGUGGAGGAGCUGGAGCUCCUGCUUGAAGAUUAGGGAUCAGGAGGGCAGGAGGUGUCGCGGUGCACUGUGUGGUGUGUGUGCCUAAGUGCGUUAGGAGACCUAUCCUUUUUAAGUCUACUGUCUUGGUAAUUUGUGUCUGGGUCAUCAGUCUUCCCGAAGUUGUACAUUUUUAGACUAUAAAAGACACAAAAGCGAUUGUUUUACAUAUUAUAUAUGCGAAUGUGUAUAUAUAUAUACAUAGAUGACUCGUUAUGCCAAACAACACUUAAACCUAUUGUGGUUGAGGUGUGUGCGAGUUCUUGUUUGAUCUGCCCUUCCUCUGCCCAGCCACUGCCAGCCCUGCCCUGGCAUCCGUGGUGGUCUGCCGGGGCCUCUGGGGUCUUGGGGUCACUGCAGGGAAGGGCUGAGACCAGACGUAAAGGUCUAGUUCCUCAAACACUAGACCUCCUCCCUUAGGCCUGUUAGUAGAGGUCAUUUAAAACUUGGGUCCUGGCUUGUGUCGAGUGCGUGGAGGGUUUCUCCUUAGUCCUUUGGACCAGAACUCAGCGGGAAAUGCAGACUCUCAGGCCCACUGAGUCAGAAUCUGCCCUCUAACAAGACUCCCAGGGGACUGUGUGCCCAUUGAGUGUGGAAAGCACUGCCCAGGAUGAGGAGCCCUCAGCAGAGGCUUGUUGGGGACUGCCGGGUGCCCGCUCCUUUUCCCACAAGCCCACUCCUGCCUCCAAGAUGUGCUGAAGAUGCUUGUUCAUCUGUUCUGUGUCGACACUGCUUACGAAAACAAGGCCGAGACUGGUCACAUUCUUGUUUUGAUUUCUGAGGCCUAUGAAUAAAAUGGACCAUAUUCUGCUUCUGCAGAGA